AUGGAACUGGGAGGUGGCUUUGUUUCAAAUUUAAAAGCCAAAAAUUUCCUAGGCUUUUUAAACCUUAGAAAUGGCGUAUUGGUAGUAUCGUUUACACAAAUAUUAUUUGGUGCUGGUCUUUAUUGUACUCUUCAUUACCUUCAUCCAAGUCUUAUGGGUGUAGCUUGGUUUCUACUACUCCUACAUUUCAUUACCGGAGCAAUCGGAUUGGUUUCAACUUUUACACGGAAUUUGUUUUUGUAUGUGUUAUAUUUGAUAUUGUUCGCUUUCUCAUUGGUAGUGGUGUCCAUGGUCGCUCUCGAUAUGGCUGAAAUCGUUCACUUCUUCCCAAAAGCUCCUGAAUUACAUGAUUUUUCGUUAUUGGGUUUUACGGCACCGUUUGUGACUCGUUUUAAGACACCGAAUGCUUCAGUUUUGUUCCCGUUUAACUUUUUUAAACUUCCCAAUGAUACUACUGGAGUUUUGCCUCAGUUGCCACACUACGAUGAAAUGGUAGUCACAAAGUUUACAAUGAGUCAUGUUGACAAGCACAAUCACAAACACUGCAAUAAACGUGAUAGUGCAAGAUUUGAUGAUGAUGUGAGUAGUGUUUUGGAUAACUUGGAUAAUCCAGAUGAUCUAAAGGAUUUAAGAAAUGCACUCAAACAAAGACUUGGAGAUAACAACACUAACAAAAAUGGUAGUGGUGGUGUUGAUAAUUAUAAUGCGUAUGAUAAUCCUGAUGGAAAAGUUGGUGGUUCUAAAGAUUUGAAUUCUACGAAGCCGUCGACAAAUGGUGUUAGUUCAGCUGGUGAGAAGUCAAAGGAAUCUGAUAGUUUUUAUGACCAUUUACCUUUUAUGCCUCAUCCUGGUGAGACUGAAGGUGAGUCUGAAGAGGUUUCUAAGGACGAAUUCCCACCUGAAACAAAUGAUUUAACACCUGAAGGAAAGUCAGAAGUUGUUGUACUAUAUAAAUUACAGAAACGAUGUAACCAAUUACUACUCAGCUAUUUACUUACUACUAUAUACCCAAUAUAUAGUUAG